GUGAACUUCCUGCGUUCACAACAACAGCAACUAAAGCAACAACAACAACAACGAGUGGGAGGGAGGCGGUGCAGGCAACGCGACUUUAGCCAAUUACCAAAACCAACAGCAACAGCAGCAACAACAACAACAACAACAAAGUGCAAUGGCCGCCUCCACAUCAACGCCACAAAAUUACAAAGUGCCAUCGACGAGCAAAAUAUCUGUGGAUAAACUUUUACGCGUCGGCUACUACGAGCUGGAGAAAACGAUAGGAAAGGGAAACUUUGCCGUUGUUAAGCUGGCCACAAACAUUGUGACCAAGACAAAGGUGGCCAUCAAGAUCAUCGAUAAGACAUGCCUCAACGAGGAAUACCUGAGCAAGACGUUUCGCGAGAUAUCGAUACUGAAAUCGCUGCGUCAUCCGCACAUAACACGCCUCUACGAGGUGAUGGAAUCACAGUCGAUGAUCUAUCUGGUUACCGAAUAUGCGCCCAAUGGCGAGAUCUUCGACCAUCUGGUGGCCAAUGGACGGAUGAAGGAGCCGGAGGCGGCGCGUGUCUUCACACAGCUCAUCUCGGCGGUGCACUAUUGUCAUUUGCGUGGCGUGGUGCAUCGGGAUCUCAAGGCCGAGAACGUGCUGCUCGACAAGGACAUGAAUAUAAAGCUGGCUGACUUUGGCUUUAGCAACCACUAUGAGGCGGGCAGUUUGCUGCGCACGUGGUGCGGCUCACCGCCGUAUGCGGCGCCCGAGGUGUUUCAGGGUCUGGAGUACGACGGACCCAAGUCGGACAUCUGGAGUUUGGGCGUAGUGCUCUAUGCUCUCGUCUGCGGCGCCCUGCCCUUCGAUGGCACGACCAUAUUGGAGCUGAAAAGCCGUGUGGUGCAGGGCAAAUUCCGCAUACCCUUCUUCAUGUCGCAGGAUUGUGAGCACCUGAUUCGAAAUAUGCUCGUCGUCGAACCGGAUCGUCGUUACACCAUCAAACAGAUCAUCAAACAUCGCUGGCUGAGCGACUGGCAGGCGGAGCUGCAGCAGGAGGAGCGUCUGGACGGGAAUGCGCUGCCCUUUGGCACGGCUGGCCCGCCAAUGCAGUCCAGCUCUUUGGGCAGCUCAACGACAUCGCUUGCCGGUGGGGAUGGCACGGAGGCUGCGGCGCCACCACAGCUGGAUGCAGUGGUCAUGACGCACAUGCUGCAGCUGCCGGGCCUGACGGCCGACAUGAUUGCCCAGUCGGUGCACGAGCAGCGAUUCGAUAACAUCUAUGCCAUAUACAAUCUGCUGCAGGAUAAGCUGCUGCAGAGGCGACGCGAAAACCAAAGACUGCAGCAUCAUGCGAACCUUGCCUACUCCAGAUCCCGCAAGACAAGCAUCACCACGGGCGUUGUGGAUCGCUCGGAGCCCGUUAAACAGGAAUCUCUCGACCGGCUCAGUCCGCUGAGCAGCAAUGUGAACGCGUCCAAUACGGCGCUGGGCUUUGGCUGGUGUGCCGACGUCGGCGUCGAUCUGGAGAAGUUCGGCGACUUUGAGCUGGAGUGUCUGGCGCGUGCCAAUGAGCCACCUGUCAAUUCGCAGCACUUGAGCGCCACGGCGGGCGGCGUUGCGGGCGCCAAUACACGUCGCCACACGGUCGGACCCGGCGACGUGGCCCACGAGCAGGCGCUGGCCAAUCCCCAAAUGCCGCCCAUUGACUUCAAGUGUGCGCCGCAGUGCAACGAGACGGGCCAGGCGACGCUCUACUACCCGACUAAUCUGCCCAUGCUGCAGAAUCAGCCGCUGCACAACUUGACCAUCAAGGAUCAGCAUCUGCUCAAGCCGCCCGUGGUGAUGGGUGCCAGUUCGUUUGGACGACGCGCCUCGGAUGGUGGCGCCAAUCUACAUAUUUACUAUCCGGCCGGCAUUGCGGCGGGCAACAGCGGCGUGGCCGCAACUCCACAGCAAAUGGACACCACGGGCUAUUACAUCAAUGCCAAUAUGAAUGCAGGGCCGGGCACGACGGAGCUCUCGCCGCUCGGUGAGCAGGCGGCGGGUCAGCUGCACUGCUGUCCGGAGAACAGCGGCGAGGAGUGCAGCGAGGAGAUACAAAGAUACAUGCAAAAGCGUGGCUGUGUCAAGCGCCAUACCGUCGGCUGCACCGAGGAUCUGUCCGUCAGCCACAGUCCGGGCGAAUGCAUGGCGCACAUGCAAGUGGGCCAGCCGGGUGCACAGCCGCCAACGCCCACCGGCAACGGGGCGGGCGGCGGUAAUAUGCGCACGCGACGCACGGGUCUGCUGACCGUUACGGAACGACCGCCAGUCAUCUGCCCCGAGCUCAUACGCGAAGUUGAAUCUCGCAUGAAUCGCGACUAUUUGCCGCCCACACUCAAAUCGCUCAGCCAAUCCCCGCCUGGCCUGGGCCUGGCCAUGGCUGGCUCCGGUGCGCCGCAUUCAUUGCCAUUGAGCAUAGCGGGGGGCGGUGGCGGCGGUGGCGGUGGCAGCAGCUCAGUGCCGCUCGUCGUGGCGCCCACAACGGCGGCGAACAAUCGACGCGCCUAUCGCGCCGCCCACUGUAAGCUGCCCACUGUGCAGGAGGGUGGACGCUACAGUCCCGUGCGUCGCGCCUCGGAGGGUUCACGCUCGCAGUUCCAGGGGCCGCUGCAGGAAUGCCAAUCCCUGCAAAAAGGUAUCGCACAGAGAAAUUUUUUGGUUGCACCCAGUCCGCCGCUUUUAGAAAAUUCGAUCAGUCUGCCAGGCUCGCCCAUACAUGGCAAACCCACAAAUUUGCAGCUGGCGCUGCGUCGCGGUCACGGUCACGACAUCGAAGUGCCGCCGGAGGCCAUUAAGAAUCUGAUGCCCGCCUUGGAUCGUCUGGUGAAGGAGCAGCGGGUCAGCUUUGAUAUUGCCAAGAAGAUAAUCUCAUCGAAUGUGGUGCCCAUCGAUUUGGCGCCACAGCUCGGCCUGGCUGCGCAUGCGGCGAGUGGUGCAGCCGUUAGCGGUGGCUACCUGGAUCAGUCGCAUCUGCACCACCAGCCGCAGCCCAUGCACAGCUACAGUGUGUCGCCGCUGACGCUGCCGCACGGCCCCAAUGCCUCGCUCACGUCCGCCAAGCAGAUGUUCGGCCAGCCCAUCUGCGGCUAUCAGUAUCAGACGACGGCGCCGCCGGCCCUGGGUGGUGCAGCGCUGUCGCUAACGCUGCCCUUGCAGCCACAGCCACAGCAGCAGCAGCAGCAGCAGCAGCUGGUGGGUCAGUUCAGCAGCAUCAAUCUGGGCGCCAGCAAUUCGAACAGCAGCAGCGGCUGCCAGUCGCCCGUCUACAGCCAGGGCAUGGCCAAUAGCCUUAGCAAUAGCAACAGCGGCAGCGGAUUCAGCGGUAGCUGCUCACCCAAUCCGAAUCCGUAUCUGCCCGGCACGGGCCCAUUCAAUCCCUGUGUGAAUGUGAAUGCGGCCGCUGCGUCCACUUCUCCGCUGCAUCAGAUCACCAAAGGCAUCUCGGGCCUGAGCACGGGCGGUGGCUCCAUCACGCGCGGCACCUCGGCGGCCAGCGAAGGCGCUGCCCAGCAACCGCUCGACUUGUCCAUGGACGUCUGCAACAUGGAUCAGGCGGCCGACUAUGCCGGGCCAUCGAACUGGUUUAUGCCCGCAGCAGCGUACUAUGAUCUGAAGCCGUUGAAUCUGUCGCCCGCACAGCCGGUGCGCGUGGUGCCGACGCCGCCGGCAUCGCCCAAUCUGUGCAUCAUCCAGGAGGAGAACGGCAAUGGCCAGAUGUGCCAUACCAUCAGCACGGGCACGCCCUAUGCGGGCUGCACGGGCGGCAUAACGCCACAGAUAUGCCUAACGGAUGUCCAAGGCAGUGAGAUUACGCUCGUCGCGCUCUCCUCGGACAACAGCAGGGAUAGCGAGGAUUCACUGGAGCCGCACACGCCGAUAAUGUCGCUGCAGGGUCUCAUCAUCACCGAGCCCAGUAGCGAUAUGCCAUCCAUAACGCGCGGCAUUGGACGCAAGGCGAGCCUGGACUGUGAGCCGGUUGGCUCGAGUCAUGCUGGCCAUGCUGCCCAGAGCUCGGCACAGGCGGAGGCGCAUAGGCGUGGCAGCGACAAGUCGCUGGGCUUCUCCGAUGAUUCGCUGAGCAACGACUCGAAUAAUCUGUCACCGUCCUGCCAGGAGCCCUCGGCCAGUUCGGGCUUCAAAUCGGACUCACAUUCCGAAAUGGGCGAUCACACGGAGUGUGGCCAUCUGACGCCCGACUCCAUGUGCGAUUCGCGUCGCAUGUCCGAUGAGAUGUGCUACGAAGUGCCGCUGCCACACGAGUGCUCCAAUCUGGACUCCACACGCAUUCUCGAGAUGGUCAAGCAGACAAUUGACUCGACGAUGCCGCCCAAGGGAUUUGUGCUGCACAAGGGCAGCAUUAGCUCAGAGGACAGCGGCGCGGAGUCGCGGCACAGCAGCGCCUCGAAUGCCUCCAGCGAUGCGACGCCGCAUGCCACAGCCAACAGCAGCAGCAGCAGCAGCAGCGCUAACCACAGCGCCAGCAACAGCAAUGCGCCUGCCUCACACACGGCCGGCUAUGCCGAGCCGACCACGAAUCUGAGCCUGGAGUACUCUGGCGGGCUGCAGAUCGAGCUGCAGGUGUGCGAGGGCCGGAGUCGGGAUCAUCAUGGCGCUGCCAAGGGCAUCAAACUGCGACGCAUCUCGGGCGAUCAGUUCGAGUAUGGUAAAAUAUGCCAGCAGCUGAUUAGUACCAUAACCAUGCAACAGGUGGCGGGCUAAGGCUAAGCGAAUGUGUGUCUCUAUGUGUGUGUGUGUGUGUAUCUCUGUAUCUGUAUCUCUGUGUGUCCUGUAGUUUAGAGAAACCAAACGUAAUUGACUCGCCUUGCCUAUUAACUCUGCGUAGCUGUGAUUCAAGCCGAUUUGUACAUAGAAGAGUGCAUAAUUAAAUGUGUAAAGUGUAACUAAAUGUCCAUGUGUAACUGGUUUCUGCAUCUGUGUGUGUGUGCGUGUCCAUCAGAAGAGAA